CAAAGCGCCAGUACUCUCCUCUUCUAUCCGACUCGGCUUGACCCUCUUUCGAGACUGUCUCAGAUCCCCUCUACCUCCUCCGCGGUCAACACCGAAAGCAGUCAUGUCGUACCAAAGUACAGCUUAUGGAGGGCAACCUCCUCAGACGGGCUCCGCCUCUCUCCAUACACCCUCAACAACACUUCCCGCCCCUCCCAGAGUACCCAGCGCCGCACUGCCUCCACUAGACGAGCGACGACUUUUCGCUCACCUCCCACCAGCGACCACGUUCACAGGCGAUCCGGGAUCUUUGAGCAACGCUCUUUAUAUCUCCCGAUCUUCGCCGGACUUCAUUGCGGUUGCGUUGUUACAUUCCCUUCGAUUUGCGUUCAUUGACGUACAUUCCCACCUCCAAGGCUAUGUCAACUUCAAAUCCUGGAGCGACAAGCUCAAGGACCUGUGUGUCCUUCACGAGGUCUAUUACGUGCUCUCGGGUCAAGACCUCCAUCCCCACUGGCCUCGAGACUCGGCUGAACACGACGAGCUCGUCUAUGAGAUCAUCCUCAGGUCCCUCGAUCCAUUCUUCAGGAGGCGCCUGCCGCCCCACUUCCAGGAGUAUGACAAAAUGUGCGGUGAUAGGACGCAGAUCUACCCUUACAGCAAGAUUUUGUAUACCCACCUAGAGGCCGAAUGUCGCUCUCCCAUGAGUUUUGUGGAACAAAGCUACGCAAUGGACGCCAUCUUCUCUACGAAGCUUGCGGACCAAGGCAACGCCUACCAGCACAUUUAUCGACUGAUGGACAAAAGCCAAAGUCUUGAGGGGUCUGGAUUGCCCAUCCCCAAAAAUGUGCUUUGCCAUGCUAUCAUCAACUCCCUUCCUCCCUCAUACGAUGAUGUCUUGCGUCACCUUGACUCUGAACAUCGCCGUGAUCCCUCAAAGAUUACGGUGUGCUAUGUCACCAAUAUGGCCGAAAAGCACUAUGACCGUCUUCAGACUGUCGCCACGCCCCCUAUUGCCGUUGUACCCUCCACCGCCACGGCGCAUACUGUCAGUAGAAAGUCAAAGUUGUUCUGCAAAUAUCACCGAUUCAAUCUCAGCCACACUACCAAAGACUGUAUGAAGUUGAACGCUCAGGAGAGCCUCGAUGCCCCCCUUGUGUCAACGCAAUGA